AUGAGAAUCCCCCUUCGGAAUGGAGCUCCUGCUGGCCAAGCUGGCCCGGGACUGGCAGCGCUCCAACUCCAUCCCGUACCGUCCAAGCAGUCACUCCUGGUCAAGGUGGUGCCCCCGCGGGUUCCCGCAUCGCACAUUGAACACGUACCAUGCGACAUAGUCCUCGUGGUCGAUGUGUCAACCAGCAUGCAAGAUGACGCGCCAGUUCCGGGAGAAAACGAGAGCACAGGCCUCAGCGUGUUGGACGUGACCAAGCAUGCGGCCUUGACCAUUCUCGAGACGCUGAAUGACAAGGAUCGCCUAGGAAUCGUCACCUUUUCCACAAAAUCAACCAUUGUGCAACCCCUCACGUACAUGGACGUUGACGAAAAGGAGCAAGCACGAAGCAGUAUCAAGAGGCUCGAGCCCAACGGCAGCACGAACCUCUGGCACGGCAUUCAAGACGGCAUCCGGGUGUUUGAGGAAGCCCUGGACAAUGCUAAUGUCCGCGCCAUGAUGAUACUGACAGAUGGCAUGCCAAAUCAUAUGUGUCCCCCGCAAGGCUACAUUCCUAAACUGAAAACUCUGCGCCCCCUUCCCGCCACCGUGCACACCUUUGGUUUUGGAUACGGCUUGCGAUCUGGGCUCUUGAAAUCGCUGGCAGAGUAUGGUCAUGGAAACUACUCCUUCAUUCCGGACGCAGGCAUGGUUGGAACAGUCUUUGUGCACGCAGUUGCAAAUCUGCAAGCGACCUUUGCCACCGGGGCCACCCUGACUCUGAGCUACCCGCCGUCGGCCGAGUUGGACCAAGUCGGAGAAGAGACGGUCGUCAAGCAGCACCCUCGCCCAAUCGGGCCUGGCGAUGCCACACACAUGGAAUUUCAGAUACCGUUGGGGAACCUGCAAUUUGGUCAAACGCGCGACGUCUUCCUGCGGGUAAAGGAUGGCGAGGCCCCUAAUCUUGAAACAGCCGUCGUCACCGCAACUCUGUGCUACCAGAGAGCCAAGAUUGCUGGGCCCAGCAUCCUCGGCCCGCCCGCCUCGGUCACGGCCAGGAGCCGCAUCCUCGAGCCGUCGGCCAUCUCCGCAGCCGAAGUUGCCUACCACGAGUCAAGAGCCGAGCUGUGUCGGUUCCUCUCGUCCAUGUUCCCUCUUGGCCCGGACGGCGAGCACCGGCCCGAUUUGGGGAGGAUCGAGACUUUUCAGAGGAAGCUGGCCAAGCUCAUGGCCGAGAUUCCCGCCAGGGACUUUGACGACGAGAAGAAUGCCUCACUGAUGCUCGACGUCAAUGGGCCCGAGCCGCAGGGCCAGGUUUCACUGGCCGUCAACAACGCGGGCUUCCUCCAGAAAUGGGGGGUUCACUACCUGCCAUCCUACUCCAACGCCCAUGCAAGCCAAGUGUGCAACUCGUUCAAAGACCCUGGUCCGUUGCAGUACGGCGCCGACAGCCCGCUCUUCAUCUCGUGCCGCGAUCGCCUCAACGACGCGUUUGACAACCUGCCGCCGCCAGAACCGCUGAGCAGGGAGACGUACUGGCACGGGCACGGGCACGGGCACGGGCACGGGCACUUUGGCCAGCAACACCAGCUUCAGCCGGUGCAUAUGAGCCGCUACCGCAACGCCGCAGGCUCGUGUUUUGCAGCAUCAACGCCCGUGGAGCUGGCGUCGGGGAGGAGAGUCCCCAUCCGGCGGCUCCGCCGGGGCGUCAAGGUGCGCACCCCCGCUGGCGCGCGCAAGGUGGCCAUGGUGCUCGAGACGCCCGUCCGGGGCGAGACGCUCUGCCGGGUGGGCAGCCUGCUGGUGACGCCGUGGCACCCCGUGUCGCUGGACGGCAAGGCGUGGGGCUUUCCGGCGUCGCUGGCGGAGCGGGCCGUGCGGUAUACCGGAUGCGUCUACUCGGUCAUGCUGGAGCGACGAGGGGACGGGUCGCAGUCGCACGCGCUGCGCGUGGCCGGCGCAUGGGGGGCGACGCUGGGCCACGGCCUGACGACGGGCAACGACGCGCGAGCCCAUUCCUUCUUUGGGGACUACGGCAGGGUGAGGAAGAGCCUGGUGCGGGUGGGCGUGGACGAGUUGGGCGUCGCGCGGGGGGGAGGGGUUGAUCGAGACUCGGGAGGACGGGUUUGCGGGUUCAGGCGGUGA